UUUGCGUGUCAGCCCCGGACUUUGUUCUUCACAUUUUCUUCCGAGGCCGGCGGUCACCGCUGGGAUAAAUACUGUGACUCCCCGGGCUAACCAGCGCACGCAGGCUUGUUCAGGCAGAUAGGACCCUUUCUCCUCCGACCUCAAUUCUCGUCCCCUCCAGCAAAGAGCAGUUGGGAGUAGUCAGUAUCUAUCAGACACUCACUCACUCACCACGCCAUGUCCGAGAAGCCCCCUGCCCCAUCCUCGCCCGAGGGUAGCGACCUGGAAGCGUCCGACCCCGAACCGCAGAAGAAGCUCUCCUUCUCACAGCGGUGGAACCAAAAUGUCGACCCGAAGUACACGGACCUCAUCUGUCUGUUGCUCUGCUUCACGACAGGCCUCUGCGACAGCAGCGCCUAUAACGCCUGGUCGUGUUUCUUAGCCAUGCAAACGGGAAACACGAUCUUCCUAGGGCUAGGCGCCUCCGACCAACCCGCCAACAAACCAUGGGGCUGGCUGAAGUCGCUGACGAGCAUCGGAUGGUUCUUCAUCGGGGCGCUUGUAUUCGCGAACAUCACGCGGCGCAGCGGCAACCGCGCGCGAGGCACGCUGGUGCUUUCGUUCCUGGCGCAGGCGUUCCUGAUCAUCGUCGCCGUGGCCAUCAUCGAGGCCGACCUGAUCCCGCACACGUCGACGGACUCGAAGCUAACGGGCGGCCGGCUCUUCCUCGAACUCAUCCCCAUCGCGCUGCUGGCGUUCCAGUCGGCCGGAUCGAUCACCUCGUCACGCGCGCUGGGCUACAACGAGAUCCCCACCGUCGUGCUGACCAGUGUCUACUUCGAUGUGGCGUCGGAUCCGAAGCUGUUGCAGGUGCCUAACGGCAAUGUGAAGCGUAACCGGAGAAUUGGUGGUGUGGUGUUCUUGUUGAUCGGGGCGAUUGCCGGCGGUUGGUUGAGUAAGACUUCCGGCGGCAUGGAGUCGGCGUUGUGGAUGGCUGCUGGGGUGAAGUUGGUGAUUGGGUUGGGGUGGUUGGUUUGGAAGGGGGAGAAGAAGGGUUGAUGGAGUCACGGUGAUGAGGUCGUUCAUAUUUAGGUCGUUGGACUGAUUAUUGUUGUGGUUAAUAUAUAGAUAGAGGUGGACAAAUGACAUGGAUAGAUUCGGU